UUUUUUCUUUUUUUUUUAAAUAACGCGUUCUAAUGGCACACGAAUUGUCAAGUGAAAACAAUCCUAUUUUCUCUGGCUCUGACACAGAGACAGAACCAACAGAUCAUCCUGUGCCAUCCAUUCAACGUCCUGAUCUAGUAGAGAUUGGCAAUAUAUUUGAUUCUCUCUCAAUAGAUGAUGUGCUUUUAAAUAUAGCUAAAACAAAUCAAUUGGGUGAUGUCCAAUGGGACAAAUUAAAGCAGAUCUUACAAGAUCUGUUAUUACAGCAAUCUCGACUGAUGGAAGAUAAAGUACAAGAUGAACAAAUAAAAAAGAAAAUUGACGAGAUCGCUGUUCAUAUUAUUCAUUGCAUUCAAGAACAUACAGAUUGUCCUUUUACAAUUCAACGUUUAUGUGAACUUGUCAUCAAUCCAACAAGUUAUUAUAAAAUGUAUAUUAAAUAUCUACGUGCAGUAGAAAAAGUUCUUUUAGUGACUUCCUAUUGGCGAGACUUUCAAGAGACAACAUCAGAAACAGACACAGUGAUUCAACUAGAACCACAUCAUUUUGAAGGAACAAAAAUGGAUUUAGACUAGUGUUUGUCAUUGUACAUUAAAAAUAAAAUUGCAUUUAACUCCUUGUGAGCAGUAAGAGAUUUUUUUUUGCCAUGUUUUAU